ACAAACUCAGAAAAAAAAAAGUAAUCUACACAGGCCUCCACAAUUUUCCUUGGAUAUUACGAUCAGUUGUGACUUAUCUUCCCUUCUUUUCCUAUAUAAACUAAAACAACCUCAAACUAAAUCAAUCUCAACCAAAUACACACAAUCAACAAAUAAAAAAUCCAAAGACAUUUCUUUUCAAUCUUUCCAUCAUGAUCCCCUCGAAAUCACUCUCCAUUUUCUGCCUCUUCGUAGUCCUUGUUACCCUUAUCUCCACAUCCACCCAUGCAGCCACCUUUACAGUACAGAACAAUUGCCCUUACACUAUUUGGGCCGGCGCAGUACCCGGUGGUGGCAAACGUAUGAAUACCGGUGACACGUGGAUUGUCACCGCCAACCCUGGCCAAACCGGUGGACGAAUUUGGCCCCGUACUGGAUGCACACCUAAUGGAGCCAACGGGCUCAAGUGUAUCACAGGAGACUGUGGUGGGGUACUCCAAUGCACAGCUUAUGGUACACCCCCUAACACCUUAGCCGAAUAUGGCUUAAAACAAUUUAACAACUUGGAUUUCUUUGACAUUUCCUUGGUUGAUGGGUUUAAUGUACCCAUGAGUUUCUUGCCCGUAAAUGGUUGUAGCAAAGGACCUACUUGCAGGGGUGACCUUAUCGGCCCAUGCCCGGCUCAACUUAAGGCCGCAGGUGGGUGUAACAACCCGUGCACCGCCCUCAAAGAUGAUAAAUAUUGUUGUUUAAAUAAUUUCAAAGAUAACUGCCCUGCAACAGAUUUAUCUAGGUAUUUUAAGGGUAAGUGUCCAGAUGCUUACAGUUAUCCUAAGGACGAUGCUACUAGCACUUAUACUUGCCCUUCUGGUACCAAUUACAAGGUUACAUUUUGUCCUUGAUUCAAGCUAAAAGUGUUGUACACUUGUACUAUCAUGAAUAAAUAAUGGAAUGUUAUCCUAAUUAAUAAGUAGUUUUAUUCA